AUGGCGAAGAGUCCUGAUCCAUGCUCUCGCCAGCCCAAGGAGAAAGCUGCGUCCAAUAACGAUGACUGUCUCAUAGGUCCGACUGCACCACCAGAUACAAAAGGUUCUGAGAUGCAACAGAGAAAGACUCAGUUGCUCUCUUUGAUGGACGCAUUUGAGACCCCUUCGGGAGCGAAGACAGCGGCUGCUACAAAAUCUGCACCAGCACCAGGAUCUACAGCUGUCGCACAAGUAGCUGCAAAAAAGCGCGACACCACGCCAGCUCCCCCCGUCAGUACAGCGGGUGCUCCUGCGACGACCACCAAGCCUCCUCUAGCAGGAGCUCCGAAAUUCGCAAGCGAUAAGCACCGCUAG